AUGCGUCUUAACAAUCUUUCCGCUUUGGCGAGUGCUGCUGCUGCUUUUCUGUCCCUGACUAGUCAUGUCCAGGCCCAGCAGCCACUCCACGACUGGAAGAAAGCAUACGAUGCUGCAGAACAACAAAUCACGACAUGGUCAACCGAGCAAAAAGCCAAUAUUUCGGUCAGGAGUGGCACCGCUCCUGGAUUCGUGCCCUUCGAGCCCAGCGAUGGACCUACAGGUGUAUCUGGCGGACAAGGCGUAUCCGGCUGGAUUGGAGGCCAGACGAUCAGCAGUUCCUGGAACCAGUCUCUGGUGGCAGACCAGUAUGCGCGCAUGGCUGUAGAGUUUCGCGAGAAGGGCUAUAACAUGCUACUGGGUCCGUCCACGGGCCCUCUUGGGAGGAGCCCAUACGGAUCAAGGCUCUGGGAAGGGCUUGGCUCUGAUCCGUAUCUCAAUGGGAAGAUAUUUGGAGCCGGUGUGAAGGCUAUCCAGGAGCAGAAUGUGAUCUCUUGCGGGAAACAUUAUAUCGCCAACGAACAGGAGACUAAUCGUACAGCCUUCGAUAGCGACGACCCUCUGAUGCGAACCUCUAGCAAUCUGGAUGAUAGGACCUUGCACGAGCUUUACCUCUGGCCAUGGAUUGACGGUGUUGCAAAUGGCAUGGGCUCCGUCAUGUGUGUUAUGAACCGAGUCAACGGUAUAAUCGGUUGCGAGAAUGACCACAUCAUGAACCGGGUAUUGAAGAAUGAGACUGGAUUUCAAGGCUUCAUUGUCCCCGAUGUCACUGCGCCGUUAAACAAGACCGCCGGGCUCCUGGGCGGCCUUGACUGGAACUCAGGAUACAAUAUCACUGAGAUACUGGCCACCAUUAAGCAAGGCGAUAUUCCCGAGAGUGUUAUGACCGAGCACGCUUUACGGAUUGUGGCGACGCAGCUUAACCUCCUCGAACCCCCAGAGCAGUAUCCAUCGCCCGCCGACACGGAGACCCUCAACGUCAGGGACCCCAAUAGCAAGCACUUCAUCCGUAGAGCAGGAACUGAGUCCAUCGUUCUUCUGAAGAACAAGAACGGAACUCUACCUCUCCGCAACCCAAACUCCAUCGGCAUCUUCGGCAAAGACGCAGCAAACCUCGCAACCGGCCCAAGCCCUAAGGCAAACUUUGCUACGUUUGAGGGCGACACCUACGAUGGACACCUCAUCACAGGAGGCGGAAGCACCUCACCUGCACCGUAUGCUGUUUCGCCCUUGAACGCCCUUACUGCGAAAGCCGCAGAGGGCCGCGGGUUUAACUACAGAUAUAUCCUUUCAGACAACUGGACAGUCACGCCUCCCCCGUCCACAGGCGAUGGCUUCUUCCAGAGCUUCGAGGUCUCUGUUUCCGAGUACGCCUCGGAGUCUGAAUACUGUCUUGUUUUCGUCAAUGCCUUUGGCAAAGAGGGCGCAGACCGACGCACCCUUGCUGACCCGGUUGGGGACCAGCUGGUUAACGAUGUCGCUAAUUAUUGCAGUCAGACGAUUGUGGUGAUGAAUAACGCCGGGGUUAGACUUGUUGAUGCCUGGAUUGACCAUCCGAAUGUUACAGCUGUCCUUAACGCAGGCGCUCUCGGCCAGGAAAGCGGCAAUGCCAUCGUGGACAUCCUCUUUGGCGAAGCGAAUCCCUCAGGAAAGCUCCCGUACACCAUCGCGAAGAAUGCCAGCGACUACAACGGGCAGAUCUGCGAAUGCUGCGAAUGCGACUACACAGAGGGUCUGUAUAUCGACUAUCGCCAUUUCGACCAGGCGGGCAUUCAGCCGCGGUAUGAGUUUGGGUUUGGGCUUUCUUAUACAACGUUCAACCAUUCCAACCUGGAUAUCAAACUCGCUUCGGAGUCCGAUACGGCUGCCGUGGAUCCAUACGCCACCGGGUCGAUAAUACCAGGCGGCCCUUCAGAUCUAUUCGACGAAAUCUUGACCCUAUCUGCCGAUAUCACGAACACAGGCAAUGUAGCCGGAGCAGAGGUUGCACAGCUGUAUCUUUCCUUUCCGGAGGUCGCGAAGGCGCCAGUACGUCAAUUGCGAGGGUUUGAGAAGGUAUAUCUAGAGCCCGGGGAGACGCAGACUGUUACGUUUCCCAUUCAGCGGCGGGAUUUGAGUAUUUGGGACUCGGGGAAGCAGGGAUGGAAGAUUGAAGGAGGGAGUUUUACUGCGUGGCUUGGGAGGAGUAGUCGAGACUUUACGGGGAGUGCUGAUUUUGAUGUUUUCACUGCCUAA